AUGAUAAAAAUUUGGUCGAUCAAGAAGGAUAAUUCUUCAGCUGAAAAGAAGAAACCUAAAGUCUCUGCGGCUCAGAUUCGUGUUCAAAAAGAUUUGACUGAACUCGCACUUCCCGACACAAUGCAAAUGAACUUUCCAGAUGAGGCAGAUCUCCUUAAUUUCAAUUUGUCCAUAACACCGGAUGAAGGGUUCUAUCGUGGUGGAGUAUUUAGAUUUACAUUCAACAUAAAUAAUAAUUAUCCUCAUGACCCACCAAAAGUUCGUUGUUCCCAAAAGAUCUACCACCCUAAUAUCGAUCUUGAAGGAAAUGUAUGUUUGAACAUUCUCCGUGAAGAUUGGAAACCUGUCUUGAAUUUGAAUUCUGUAUUGGUAGGGUUGCAAUAUUUGUUCUUGGAACCGAAUGCUGAUGAUCCCCUUAAUAAAGAUGCGGCCGAGGAUUUGAGAACAAACCGAAAAAAUUUCGAAUAUAAUGUCAAGCAAUCGAUGAGAGGUAAAGAUGUUAAAGGUGUUUAUUUUGACAAUGUACUGAUGUAG